UCUCAUUUCGAUUUCUGUGAAGGUCUCACUCGAGUCUUAUUGACGCGACAUGGACUUCGGAGCCAUCGCCCGCGAAGAGCUCGUCGGCAGGUUCAGCCUGCUCGACUACGGGAUUUUCAUCGCCAUGCUGGCGAUGUCCGGUGCGCUGGGACUGUACUGCGCAUUCAACGGCGGGCCGCAAAACACGACCCGGCAGUUGUUGGUGGCAGAUGGCCGCCUGCCGCCAAUACUGGCGAGCACAUCGCUGAUGGCGUCAUUCAUAUCGGCGUCAUUCAUCCUCGGAAACGUAGCCGAGGUCUACCAGUACGGCACAAUGUACAUGUUUACAUUGCUGUCGUACGUAAUAACCAUACCCGUCACAGCGCACCUGUUCAUGCCAGUGUUCUACAACAGCGGAACGCUGAGCUGCUACGAGUACUUGGAGCGCCGCUUCAAUCGUACUCUCCGCAUGCUUGCGGUAGCGGCCUACAUAGCGCAGAUGUUGAUCUACAUCGCCAUCCAGCUCUAUGCCCCCGCGUUGGCGUUGUCGAAUGUGACGGGUAUGGGAAUCUGGACAGCGGUGAUUGCCAUCGGUGUGGUUUGUACCAUCUACACAUCGGUCGGCGGAAUAAAGGCUGUGGUCUACACAGACACUUUCCAGGCCGUAUGCAUGAUCAUCGCCCUGAUGAUCAUUGUCGUCGUCGGCAUCGAUCGGGUCGGAGGCCUCGCUGUCGUGUGGGACAUCGCGAUGAAAGGAGGUCGCAUCCACUUCGACGAGACUGAUCCUAAUCCGACAGUACGGCACUCGAUCUGGGGUCUCGUCAUCGGGAGCUCAUUCUCCAACUUGGCUUCUUACGCUACGAACCAAAUGAUGGUUCUUAGGUACCACACCGUAUCAUCACUGCCAAGAGCCAAGCUGGUUGUCUGGGGAAAUCUCCCGCUGCUGGCAAUCGUCCUGAUGCUUUCUUGCUUCUCGGGAUUAAUGACGUACGCAUUCUUCCACGGAUGUGAUCCCGUCGCGACGAAAUUGAUCAGCAGCCAUGACGAGCUCCUCCCGUACUUCGUGAUGGUCGUCUUGGGGGAGACCAGAGGCCUCCCAGGCGUAUUCGCUGCUGGGAUUUUCGCCGCAUCGCUUAGUUCGAUAUCAUCGGCUAUCAAUUCGCUGGCGAACGUCUGCUACAUGGACAUCAUCUGUUUGAUCUGGCCCAAGAUCUCCAACGAGACCGGCGCUCGUAUAAUCAACGCCCUCGGAGUCGCUUGUGGCAUCCUUUCCAUAGUCCUCGUACUCUUCGCUCAGAUUAUGGGCGACGUGUUGAAAGCGACCUAUGUCAUAAACUCCGGAUUGGGCGGUCCUCUGUUGGGGGUCUUCUCCGUUGGCAUGUUCCUCCCAUUCGUCAACUCGAAGGGCGCCACCGUGGGGCUUCUCGCUUCCCUCGUCGUGUCCCUCUGGCUCAACGUCGGGUCGUUCCUCAGUCUUGAAACGGUCUCUCCGCAACUUCCGAUCUCGGUCGAGAAGUGCAUGAACACCUACAUGAGCGCUAUGGGAAUGGAUACAUACGUUCCGCCAAGUGCGGAGCAAUGGACUCCUCCUGAGCACUUUGCGGUGCAUCAGAUAUCGUACCUCUGGUACACACCCAUUGCGACUCUGGUGCUGCUCCUGGUUUCGGUACCGGUGAGCUUUCUGACCGGAGCCAACGACCCAAGAACGACCGACCCGAGGCUGAUCGCCAGACCCUUCGACUCCCUUUCACCUUGGCUCUCGCAAGAAGUCCGCGACAAGUUGGCCUUCAACGUCGGCGCGGAUCUCGAACCCAAGGAGAAAGGGGCUCAUGGCGUAAUGGGAACGGAGCGUCCAGUUUUCGUCCCUGCAGACGUGGCCAGUCAUCACAUAGCCACGGUGUUCGACAACGAGAUUUUCCACCAGACUCGUUGUUGAAACACGAUUCGGACUGGGUAUACGGACAUGGAUUGGAUGUGUAGAUAGUACCUAGGUAUGAUUAGGUAACGGAUUAAUAUAUGUAUAAUAAAUGGGAUAUAGUAA